AUGGCUUCCAAGGCACUUGCGAUCAUUGCUGGCGUUGGUCCUGGCACGGGCGCCUCAAUCGCCAGGAAAUUUGCAAAGACCUACUCAGUUAUAGUCUUGGCUCGUAACCCGAAUAAUUAUGGCGCCGUUGUCGAGGAAAUCAAUUCCAGCGGCGGGCAGGCCAUUGGCAUCAGUGCCGAUGUCUCCGAUUCCAAGAGCGUUAACGCUGCCUUUGACAAGAUCAUAGCCCAGUACCCUUCCUCAAAGGUGGCAGCCGCUGUAUUCAAUCCAGGCGGUGGCUUUGUUCAGAAGCCAUUCCUUGAGCUGACGGAAGAAGAUUACUCAAAUUCACUCGGAUCCCAGGCAAAAGGCGCUUUCAACUUUGCCCAGCGUGCUCUUCCACUGCUCUUACAAGCUCGCGAAUCAUCGGAAUAUCCACCAACAUUGAUCUUUACUGGGGCCACUGCCAGCCUCAAGGGGUCUGCGAAGUUCGCUGCCUUUGCCUCGGCAAAGUUUGCACUACGCGCAUUGGCACAGUCACUUGCUCGUGAAUUCGGUCCCCAGGGUGUCCAUGUCUCGCAUACUAUUAUUGAUGGUGUCAUUGAUAUCCCUCGUACUAAAGCCUGGGUCUUUGAGCACGAAGAUGCUAAAUUGAGCCCUGAUGCUAUUGCGGACGCAUAUUGGUAUUUGCAUACCCAGCCGCGGACAACGUUCGCAUUUGAGCUGGACCUGCGACCUUAUGUUGAAAAGUGGUAA